UCGACGCGGGGGUUGCGGGCGCCCGAGAGCUGGCCCGCGCGGGCCUGCACGCUGGCGCGUCGUGGGCCCUUCUCCCGAGCUGCCCAUCGGUGCCGGCGUGCCCGCUCUGCCCCGCCGUGCAUCCGUGCCCCGCCUGCCCGGGGUGCCACUGCGCCCGUGGCAAGGCGCCUGACGGGCCCGGGGCGCCGGGAGGCGGAGGGGGCGAGCCUGCCUGGUGGCUGGGCUCGCCCGAGGCCGUGCCGCAGUGCGACGCGCUGGCGGCCGCGGUGCGAGAGGUGGCGGAGCGGAGCACGAUCUGCCACGACGCAGGCUGGCUCUGCGUGGCGGCGUUGGUGCUGGGGCUCGUGCUCGGCAGCCUCCUGACGCGGGCCUGGGUGGCGGGCUCUGGGAGCGAUGGCGCUGGUGGAGCUGCGCGGCCCCCGCUCGUCGGCGGGUCCUUCGGCGAGGACGACCUCUGGCACGAGCGGAUCCUUCUGUAUCCGGCCGCCUCGGACGUUGAGGGCGGGGCGCGCUGGGUCGUCCUGACCCCGGACGGCGACGUGCACCUCGAGGAGCUAGAGGGCGGCUCGCCGGAGGACAGCCCCGUGGAGUGGCAGCUCGUGGCGCGUGACCUGCGGCUGCCGCCAGGACUGGGCCGGUCCUAUCGCUUUGGGGAGGACCAGCCCGGCGAGCUGCGGGGCCUGCAUCGCCGGGCGUACGCGACCUCGACGGCCGACGCUCGGAGUCGCGGGCUGCAGCUGGCGGUGCCCCAGGUGAUCCGCUCCCAGGAGGGUCGCGACGUCUCGGUGGAGGACGAGCUCGGGCGCAACUUCUUCGGCGGGCGGCGGGUGACUGGCAAGCAGGGAAUGCCUGCCGCUGGUGACGCGCUGGCGGCCAGGACGGGCGGGCCUGGCGACCAGGUGGCGGACGGCGGCGAUGCCCUGGCCGCCCCCGCGGUGCCCAACUCGGUGGGCGGCGCCGUGACCCCUCCUCCGCCCGGGCACUUCUGGCGCGCCGCGGAGCCUGACAGCUCGCGGCCGAUCGCGGUUGGCGAUUGGGUUGGCACUCCGAGUCUGGCCCUGCACGAUCGCGGACUGUUUGAGGUGGCGCCUGGGCGGGCUAUCGUGGUGCACCUCGCUGCCCUGGACAAGGGCGCCUUCGCGGCCUCCCUCAGGCCCGCUGCCUCCGUCGGCGACGCCCCCGUCGGCGGCGCGGCCGCGACGGGCGACGCCCGCGCCCUUCCUGCGAGGACGGGGCCGCGCGGUCGGGGGCGCAAGUGGCGCGACGUGGUGGACUCGUGUGAGGAGGGGCCCUUCGGUGACUUCCCGGUGGCGGGCCCAAGGUUGACGUCGUGGUGUCUCGACUUCCUUCGGAGGCGCCGCGCCCCGACGGACCGCCACCUGAUGUUCAAGACGACGGCCCGCCUCCAGAUGGAGCAAUGGGGAGUCCAGGAGCAUGAGCAGCCCAUGAAGUACCUCGAGCUGGCCGGCACCUACGACCAGCUCGACCUCAGCAACUGCGCCUUCGCGGAGGCGAUCCUCCGACGGGCGCAGACCAUCGAGUGGGCUUAUCAUGAUCGGCUUCGAGAGGCGGACUCCGCGAGCUCAAAGGACAAGAUGAGCCCUGAGGAGUUCUCGGCGUUCAGCGGCUUCAGCAAGGCUGGCGACCUCCUCAUGGUGGCCCCGCAUUUGCUGGAGCACGUCAAGACGCAGGUCGAGAAGGACGCCGCCAUCAUGAAGAACAUUCGGAAGGCGCCCUCAGAGGGCGUGGUGUGCCGCAGUGUGCGGCGGCGGCUGCUUCGGCGUGACGCCAUCGUGCAGGAGUGCAACCGCGUCAUCGGGGCCUUGAACGACCUGGCCGGGAGGCCCCAGGCGCCAGGCGCCCCGGGCCUGGCGGAGCGGCGUCCCCAUCGGCUGGUGCGCGAGCGCGUCCGCCGCGCCGCAGUCGAGCUGGGCCCGCCACCACCCGACCUCACUCCCGCGGGAGCCCUCAGAGAGCUCCGCGGCGCCAGCGUGUACGAAGAUCUCGACUCGCCGGUGGUCAGCUUCGACGAUUCCCUUUUCUCGCUGCCGGAGGCCGGCAACAUCCCUGCGCCGCUCGGGCAGCUGCUCCAGGACGUGGGCGAUUUCGAUGCCGAGGCCUCAAUACACGAGCAGCUUCUUCGAACUGAGGAGGCAGAAUCUUAUCUUCUGGCAGCCCCGAGGCAGCCGUACAUGGACACGAUUUUGAGAGGAGAUCCGCGGGUUUAUUCCUGUUUGGUCAAGCGGCUCGCCGACGCUGGGAUGGUGACCUACACGGACACGCCCCGCGAGAGGUGCGGCCUUUUCUUCGUCCGUAAGAAGUCUGGCAAGCAGCGCAUGGUGGUCGACUGCCGUCGGGCCAACUGUUGGUUCCAACGGCCAGCCUCUGUUGCUCUUGCCACCGGCUCGUCUCUUGGCGAGCUGGCCGUGCCUGAGGACAAAGAGCUCUACGUCGGGCACGUGGACAUCUGCGACGCUUUUUACCACUUCGGCCUGCCCGAGGCUUUCCGGGACUAUUUCGCCCUGCCGUCCGUGAAGGCCGGGGACGUGGGAAUGGCGAGGCUUCGAGAGCGGCCGCUACAGCCGGGGAGCCGUGUCUGGCCGGUGCUGGCCGUGCCCCCGAUGGGCUGGUCGCACGCCUUGUACUGGUGCCAGACCAUCCACCGUUCCAUCGUCAGCUCGAUUCCCGAGCUGAGUGAUGUGCCGUUCAUCGCAGACAAGAGCGUAGUGCCGGGGCUGCAGCCGCUGGCAAUGACGAUAUACGUUGACAUUUUUUGGCUUUGGGCACCGACCCCGAGGCUACGCCAUUGUACCGCUGUGCCCCUCUGGGAGUCAGUUCGCUGGGAGCUGAACGCGUUCUCUAGCCUUCUGGGGGUGAUCUCGCGAAGUAUGUUGGUUGCCUGGAGUCCGACGGUGAUGUGCAGUGACGCGUCGUUCUGGGGCUUCGGGCUGGUCAGCAAGGGCUUCAAAGAGGACCUCGUGGGCUCCGUGGGCGGUUUCUCGGAGAGGUGGCGGUUCCUGGAGGGCAACAAUGUGCAGUCGAGGGCUUGGGCUGGAGUUGGCGAUGGGCCUCUCGAGAGCUCCAAGGAUUUCCAGGACAUCGUGGGCUCCGAGGAGGCCUGCAUCAACGCUCGCCAGUCGGCCGUCAGUCGCCUGCCUGCUGAGUUUCGGGAAGAGGGUUGGGCUGUCGUGGGCUUGCACAAGUGGGGGGACCCGCCCGACAACAUCGUAGAGGGGGAGGCCCGGGCGCUGGCGUUCGGGGUUAAGCACAUCUGCCGAUCCACAGCGUCGUUUGGGCGCCACCACCUUCUCCUCUCGGACUCGCUGUCAUCCGUCUUGGCUUUGCGCAAGGGGCGCUCUUUGGCGCCGGGGGUCUGCGGGGCGCUCCGCGCCGUCGCAGCCCAUGUCGUGGCCACAGGCCUCCGCCUCGCCGCCCGAUGGCUGCCCAGCGAGUGGAACUUCGCGGACGGUCCGUCGCGCGGCCUCCGCCCGCCCGCUGCGACGGCGCCUCGCCUCCGCCGCCUGCUGGACGGCGUGGGCCCCGCGGGCCUGGAUGGCUUCUUGCCGCCCUCGGACUCGACGAACCUGGCGACCUCGCAGGCCGUGAAGCGGAGGAAGCUGUCUCGGCGGCUGGCGAAGCUCACCGAGGAGGGCUCGCGGGAUAUGUUGAGGAGGAGCACGGUGCGCACUCAGACCGUCAGGACCCGCUACCAGCAGCUCGACGACGAGUUCGACGAAUGGAUGGACGAGCAGGGCCUGCCGCGCCGGCCUCGCUUCUCGGUCGACCACGGGGAGGUGGGGCCGCUCUCGGCCUCGGACGUCGAGAGGAUCGACUUGGCGCUCGCCGAGUGGAUGCUGUCGCAGUACUUCGAGGGUGUCGACCACUGGCGCGGGGUGCAGAUGCUGGCGGCGCUGCAGUGGAGCGACCCGCGGCUCGGCCGCGACGGGUCGGCUUCGCUGCCGGCGGCGCGCCAGACGCUGCGCGGCUGGAAGGUGCUGACGCCUGUGCGGGCGAGGCUGCCGCUCCCCGACGAGUUGGUGGCGGCCAUCGCGUGCGAGCUCGUCCUCAUGGGCCAGUGGGAGGCGGCCGCCUGCGCGGUGCUGUCCAUGGUGUUCUACAUGAGGCCCGGGGAGUGGGGGCGGGUGCUGGUGCGCCCCGCCGCCCCGCCACGCGCUGCGGGCAGCCCGGCCCUGCGGCGCUGGGCGCUGCUGCUCCACCCUCACGAGGGCGAGGGCGCGAAAGCCAGCAAGACCGCGGAGUUCGACGAGCGCAUGGUCCUCGACCUCGACUGCGACCAGUGGCUGUCGGGGGUGCUCCAUCGCCUGGUGGCCGGCCGCAGCGGGGACGAGCCUCUCCUCCGCAUCGGCGUCGCGGAGUUCGCGGCGCUGUUCAGGCGGGCGGCGCGGCGCCUCGGGGUCAGACCCGAGCCCAUGCCGCGCCUGCUCCGCCACGCGGGCGCCAGCAGGGACUUCGUGAACCAGCUGCGGCCGCUCCGCGAGGUGAAGAGGAGGGGCCGGUGGAAGACCGACACGUCGGUGCGGCGCUACGAGAAGGGCGGGCGUCUCAGCGAGCAGUUCGCCCGGCUCCCAGGUCCGCUCCAAAGGCUCCCCGAG